CUUGUCCUAGUGCACACAACAAAACACUUCUUCUAAAUCAAAAUCAAAUCCCACUCAUUCCUUUGUUUUCUCAACCAUGGGUUCAACCGGUGAAACCCAGAUAACCCCAACCCAUGUCUCCGACGAAGAAGCGAACCUCUUCGCCAUGCAAUUAGCCAGCGCCUCUGUUCUCCCCAUGGUUCUGAAAUCAGCCAUUGAGCUUGAUCUCUUGGAGUUCAUAGCCAAGGCUGGCACCGGAGCUCAGCUUUCCCCAGCUGAAAUAGCUUCUCAGCUUCCCACAACCAACCCUGACGCGCCCACCGUGCUCGACCGCAUGCUCCGCCUCUUGGCCUGCUACAACAUCCUCACUUGCUCUGUUCGAACUGAACAGGAUGGGAAGGUGCAGAGGCUGUAUGGUCUUGCCCCUGUUGCCAAGUACUUGGUUAAGAAUGAAGAUGGUGUUUCGAUUUCUGCUCUUAAUCUUAUGAAUCAGGACAAGGUUCUCAUGGAAAGCUGGUACCACUUGAAAGAUGCAGUUCUUGAAGGGGGCAUUCCAUUUAACAAGGCAUAUGGAAUGACAGCCUUUGAGUACCAUGGGACAGAUCCAAGGUUUAACAAGGUUUUCAACAAGGGAAUGUCAGAUCACUCUACCAUCACAAUGAAGAAAAUUCUUGAGACCUACACAGGCUUUGAGGGUCUUAAAUCUCUGGUUGAUGUAGGUGGUGGAACUGGAGCUGUAAUCAACAUGAUUGUCUCAAAGUAUCCGACUAUAAAGGGCAUCAAUUUUGAUUUGCCCCAUGUCAUUGAAGAUGCUCCAUCUUAUCCAGGAGUGGAGCAUGUUGGUGGAGACAUGUUUGUCAGUGUCCCAAAAGCUGAUGCCGUUUUCAUGAAGUGGAUUUGUCAUGAUUGGAGUGAUGAGCACUGCUUGAAGUUUUUGAAGAACUGCUACGAGGCACUCCCAGACAACGGGAAAGUGAUUGUGGCAGAAUGCAUUCUUCCAGUGGCUCCAGACUCUAGCUUAGCUACAAAAGGUGUGGUUCACAUUGAUGUCAUCAUGUUGGCUCACAAUCCAGGAGGGAAAGAGAGAACAGAGAAAGAGUUUGAGGCUCUUGCUAAGGGUGCUGGAUUCCAAGGAUUCCAAGUCCUGUGUUGCGCUUUCAACUCUUAUGUCAUGGAAUUUCUCAAGAAGGUUUAGAGUCCAUUUGGAUACAGACUUAUUGGAGUUUAUAUACUAGAAAAUGCAUUAAAUAAGCUCCAAUAAGUGCUCUUUGGUUUGAAUUGGUACUUAAGCUCUUUGUUGUGAAUUCAUAUCGGUUGCAUUUGGGUUCAGAUUGUGGUUGAGGUGCUACUUAUGAAAGGUUCCCCAGAAAUAUGUGAUUUUCUCUUAAACAAAGUAGGAAAAAAUAGUGAAAGAAGUUCUUUGUAUACUGCCUAUAUGAAAUAACAAGUUUCAUGUUGUGGAUUCUA